UUGGAGUUGACCUCGAUCAGUGGUUUUUGUAGUUUUAAGUUUUGUAAUUUCGUGAUCUUUUGACCCUAUUGCUUAUUUAAUUUAUUAAUUGUUAUGUGAUAUUUUCUACACUAAUUUCCGAGUGUGUACUGUACUGAUUUUUCAAAGUAUGUUACUUUAGGAUCCACAGAACAGAUUUUUUAUUUAAUUCAUAGAAUGUGUAAUGUUGAGUAAAUAAGUUAAAUUAUUGCGUUUUGAGUAAUGAAUAAAAGUAUAACUGAAUAGCUAUGAGCAGCUCGACAAGGUGAGAUGAGAUAUUUUGGGAGGCUGCUUGAACACUAGUGGUGCCUUGUCUGGACUUGCAUGACAAUGUGUUUAUAUCCGCCAGCUUAGUAGAGAGCUACAUAACAAUGUGAUUAACCUGCACAAUCUAACUAGGUAGGUUGCACGAGGAGCGCGAGCGGGCCCCGUGCCUGCGCGACGCCGGCAUGCGCGUGCUGGGCAAGCAGCGGCGCGUGGCGCUGGACGUGCUGAUGGCGUGCUGGGGCACGGGCACGUGGCUGGGCGUCAACGGCGUGUACAUGCAGCUGCCGCUGCUGGUGCAGCGCCUGCCCGAGCGCUGGCGCCUGCCGUCGCACAUCGCCGUGGUCAUCCAGCUGGCCAACGUGGGCGUGCUGCUGUACGCGCUGCUGCGCCGCGUGCUGCCGCGCGCGCCCGACGCGCCCUACGUCGUGGCGCUGCUGCUGCUGGGCACGCUGGCGCUGUUCCUCAACGGCUUCCUGUACGCCGAGACGGCCGUGCUGGCGGGCGCCGAGCGCUCCGUGUCGUUCCUCACCAUCACGUUCUUCACCGGCCUCGUGGGCUGCACGAGCUCCGUGCUGUUCUACCCGUACCUGCGCCACUUCCGCGACGUGUACCUGGCCACGUACCUGGUGGGCGAGGGCCUGAGCGGGCUGCUGCCCAGCGUCCUGUCGCUGGUGCAGGGCGCGGGCGGCGAGCCGCACUGCGAGUACGCGCCCGGCAACGCCACGGCCGUGGUGCGCCAGCCCGAGCCGCGCUUCGACACCACGGUGUUCAUGGGCGUGCUGGGCGCGCUGUCGGCGCUCAGCCUGGGCGGCUUCCUGCUGCUGCACCUGCCGGCCUUCCGCGCCGAGCGCGUGCAGCCGGGCGCGGCCGCCAAGGAGGACGAGGCGGCGGGCGGCGCGGCGCUGCGCAGCCCGCGCUGGGCCGCCGUCAUGCUGCUCAUGGCGCUGCUCAACGCGCUCAUGAACGGCGUGCUGCCGGCCGUGCAGUCGUACUCGUGCAUGCCGUACGGCGCGCAGGCCUACCACCUGGCCGUGACGCUGGGCGCCAUGGCCAACCCCGCCGCGUGCCUGGCGGGCGUGUGGCUGCGGCCCGUGCGCGCCCGCGUGCUGGCCGCGCUGCUGGCCGCCGGCGUGCUGCCGCUGGCCUACCUGCUGGCCACGGCCGCGCUCAGCCCCGCGCCGCCGCUGCGCACGCACGUCGCCGGCACCGCGCUCAUCGUGGCGGCCUGGGUGUCGGUGUUCGGCGUGCUGUCGUACGCGCGCAUGUGGGUGUACGAGUGGGCGCGGCGCGGCGGCACGGCCGGCAUGCGCGCUUGCGGCUUCGUGACGCAGCUGGGCUCCGCGCUGGGCUCGCUGGCGCUGUACUUCGUGGUCAACUACACCGACGCCUUCGUGGAGGCGCCGCCGUGCGCCGAGCGCCCGCUGUAGCGCGCCCGCGGGGCCGCGACACGUGACGUGAACGUUAAUGAGAACAGUAUUGAGUUCAAAACAUUUGUAAAAUAAAACUGCGCCGCGCGGAAGUUUAGCAGAUCUGCCGGCUGGCCGAACCGCGCGACAUACGACCAACGUGCCACACAUUACAUUCCCUCCAACCCGUAGCCCAUUUUGAUUUCUAUUGCAAAAUUUGUUAAACACACUUUUGUUAAAUUAAUUUAAAAGAUUUCUUUAUAUAAUCACAAGUUUAGACAGCGAAAUCUUUCAAAAUCCAGACGCCUGAAUUUUUACACUUCUUUAAAUUAAUUGUGAAUUAGUUUACGAAAUACGCUGAGUCGGUAGACAUCAAGCGAUAAAGCUGGUUGCAGGUCUACUUACGUACCGUUUUUCAAAAGUUUAAUC